AUGGGUGGUCUGCCCCUCUCCAGGGUGUCCUGCGGCUCUGGAUAUGUAGUGGCCAAACUGGGGGAUAUAACAUUAAUUGGUGUGUACUUCUCCCCUAACAGGCCACUGCAUGAGUUUGAGGCCUAUCUGGAGAGGCUUGGAAGGGCGGUGGCUGGUGCGGCUCCUUCCCCCAUAAUGGUCCUGGGGGAUCUCAACGCCAAAUGCGCCGCCUGGGGCUCCCCUAGGACCGACCCCAGGGGGACGGUACUUCUGGACUGGUUGGUCGGGCUCGGACUCGAAGUAGUCAACCGGGGCUCCGCCAACACCUGCGUGCGCCAGGGGGGCGGAUCAAUCGUUGACAUCACACUGGCUUCCCCAGUGGUGGCAGCGCGUACUGCAAACUGGCGGGUCCUAGAAGACACGGAGACCCUCUCUGAUCAUUAUACAUCAGAAUGA